CGAGUGUUUACGGGAUUCCAGUCCAAUGUUAGCUCUUAUUUGGGUUGAGCCGUUCAUCGAUCCCCUUGCGCACGUCUCUCCACUCUCGAGGUCUUUUCGAGUAAAGAAAAGCGGAUUUUCCGAUUUGGACAACAACUUUAGAUGAAAAUGAGCCGAUGCUCAUUGUUGUGUGAAGUGUCGCACGAUAAUGACGCUUUGUUUAUGCUUAUUGACCGUGAACGGGAAGUGAAAUUGAAUUAGGUAACUCCGGUUGGUUAUAACCUACAAAAUGAGCAGUGUUGUAAAAUAUAUCCUUGCACCUGUAAUAAUUAAAGCUUAAAUCGAAAAUAAAAAAAAAUGAGCGAUCAUUCUAAAACGCCAAAUGCGUGGCAAGAAGUUAGUGCUAAUAAUGGAAUUGUCAAUUCAAGAUACCAAGUGCCUGAGAAAAUGAAUUCCCGAAAUGCCGUAGUGGAAAUUUCAAGGACAGGAACCAAAACCGUCGUAGUGCCUAGGUCCAGACCUGAUAAAGAAAAGUUUUUAGUUAUCUUAAUAAUAGCUCUUCUCCUGUUUUGUGGGAUGCUUAUGAUAAUGGUUUUUACUAGGAAAAAUCAAUCUUGUACGGUCAAGAAGAAAAAUGUCUGUUUAACCGAGGAAUGUGUACGGACAGCAUCAUCAUUAUUAGCAGCUAUGGAUCACGGUGUCGAUCCAUGCGUGGACUUUUUCCAGUACGCAUGUGGAACGUGGAACAAAAUCCAUUUAAUACCGGAAGAUAAAAGUUCCAUUAGUACGUUUGAAGUAAUGGCAGAUCAACUACAAAUCGUUCUUAAAGGUGUCUUGGAAGAACCAAUAAACAUGAAAGACAAUGACGCCACCAGAAAGGUUAAAAUUUUUUACAGCAGUUGUAUGGAUUUACAGGGUAUAAGGAAAACUGGCGAUACACCCAUCAGAGAGGUAUUAAAUCAACUAGGAGGCUGGCCGGUGAUAAAAGAAAAUUGGCAAAGUCCUUCGUUUUCCAUUGAAGUUCUAAUAGGUUUGAUAAGAGGAUUCUAUAACGAAGGACUCCUCAUAGAGCAAUGGGUGGGACCUGAUGAUAAAAACAGUUCUGUGAAUAUUAUUCAGAUGGAUCAAUCAGUAUUAGCUCUACCAAGUAGAGAUUAUUAUUUGAAAUCUAGCAGUAAAGGAGACUUACAAGCAUAUCACAAAUAUAUGACUAAUGUAGCGAUACUAUUAGGUGCAAACGCUACCUCUGCUGGGGCAGAACUUCAAAAAGUGCUAGAAUUCGAACAACAACUGGCUAAUGCCUCGCUUCCAGAACAAGACAGGCACGAUACUAGUGCUAUUUACAAAAAAAUAUCUAUCAGAGAAUUGGCCAAACAAGUUCCGCAAAUCAAUUGGUUGGAAUAUUUUAGAGCAAUAUUCGACAUACACAUUAGCGAAGAUGAACUAAUUGUGGCUUACGGUCUUUCCUAUUUUGUGGAACUAGGGAAAAUUUUAUCCAUUACCGACAGAAGAACCAUACAUAAUUACGUUUUGUGGCGUCUGGUGAUGUCUCUUUCAUCGCAUUUGGUGGACGAUUAUCAAAAAGAGCGAGUAGAAUUUAGGAAAAUUUUGCAAGGUGUUUUGUCCGAAAGACAUAGAUGGGCACAAUGUGUCGAAUGGACCAAUAAGAAAAUGGGUAUGGCUGUCGGUGCCUUAUACAUUAGGGACAAUUUUAAUCUUUUAAGUAAGGAAACCGCUUUAGAGAUGAUUCGCACCAUCAGAGAAGCUUUCAACGAACUACUUGCCGAAAAUCAUUGGAUGGACGACGAAACAAGAACAGUUGCCAAAGAGAAAGCUGAUACGAUGAACGAAAGAAUCGGUUAUCCCAAGUUAGUUACCGACAAAGAGGCGCUUUGUAAAGAAUACGAAGGGCUCAACCUUACAAAACACGAGUUCAUGUUAAACGUAUUGAAAAUUUUAAAAUUCGAAGCCAAACAGAAUUUGGAGAAGCUUCGCAAAGAGGUGGACAAAGAAAAGUGGUCAACUGAACCAGCGGUGGUGAACGCGUUUUACAAUCCGAAUAAAAACGAUAUUGUUUUUCCGGCUGGAAUAUUGCAACCUUUAUUUUAUAGCCAGCAUUUUCCAAAAUCGUUAAACUACGGCGGCAUUGGCGUUGUUAUUGGACAUGAGAUUACGCAUGGAUUUGAUGAUAAAGGUAGACAGUUCGACAAACAUGGCAACAUGAUGCAAUGGUGGAAUAAUGCUACAAUCAAAGCUUUCAGAGAAAGAACGCAGUGCAUUAUCGAUCAAUAUUCCAGAUAUAAAAUUGACGAAGUUGGUCUUUACAUUAACGGAAGAAUGACUCAAGGAGAAAAUAUCGCCGACAACGGAGGAUUAAAGCAAUCUUUUAGGGCGUAUAAAAAAUGGGUCGCCCAGCAUGGAGAAGAAUUCGAUCUACCUGGUUUAAAUUUAACCCAUGAUCAACUGUUUUUCCUCAAUUACGCUCAAAUUUGGUGUGGAUCGAUGAGGCCAGAAGAUGCUUUGACAAAAAUAAGAUCCAGCGUACAUUCUCCGGGUCCCGUAAGAGUUUUAGGCCCAUUAUCCAACUCUAAAGACUUUGCACAAGCUUAUAGAUGCCCCGUCGGAUCUCCUAUGAACCCUACAGACAAGUGUAGUGUAUGGUGAAGAAUGUAUAUUGAAAAUAUGCACAACUAUCAGUGCCUCGUUAUUAUAAUAAUAAUAAUAAUUACAAAUACAGAAUAUUCAAAUGUGUACUUCUUUGUCUCAUUUUUAACUUACCUAAUUAUUAAGAACAUGCAUUAAUAAUUAAAAC